AUGGCGAAUAACAUCGAGACUAAACAUGACCCUGAAGGUAUCACCCAGACCCCUUCACAAGCCGGUGAAGUACUUAACAACAAGACGAUUGAGCACGACGCUGUAUUCGGAAACAUCACAGAAGACGGACCCAAUUACCGCAACGUUGGAUGGAUUGGUACAACAGCCCUGAUGAUGAAGACUCAAAUCGGCCUUGGUGUCCUGUCUAUGCCUGUGGUCUUUGACACUCUUGGUCUUAUACCUGGCAUUAUUCUCCUUAUAACUAUUGCGGGUAUUACGACUUGGUCAGACUACAUUGUUGGCGACUUCAAACUACGCCAUCGUCAUGUCUACGGUAUUGACGACGUUGGUCGAAUGUUGUUCGGUCGUAUAGGCCAUGAGGUCUUUGGUGCCAUGUACACUAUGUACUUCACCUUCGUUUCCGGCUCGGCUAUGCUCAGUAUCUCUGUUGCCUUGAACGCUCUUUCGGAGCACGGGAUUUGCACAGCUAUCUUUGUCGCAGUUGCUGCAAUUGCUACAUUUUGCUUGUGUAGCAUUCAAACUCUUGGCCGCAUCAGUUGGGUGGCAUGGCUAGGUGCAUGUUGCAUCAUCAUUUCAGUUUUCAUCGUUACUAUUGCAGUUGGACUUCAGGAUCAACCCUCAGCGGCGCCGAAAGACCUUGGCGAAUGGAAAUCCGACUACAAACUAGUUGCCAGUCCUACCUUUACGGAUGCCAUCUCAGCCGUCUCGACCCUCGUCUUCACAUAUGCUGGAACUCCCGCCUUCUUCAACAUCGUCUCAGAGAUGCGCGAUCCCCGAUUAUACACUCGAGCUUUGACAGUGUGUCAAGUCACAGUGACAGUUGUGUAUAUCAUAGUAGGCACUAUUGUGUAUUACUUUUGCGGGUCCUACGUUGCUUCUCCUGCUCUCGGUUCUGCUGGUCCCUUGAUGAAGAAAGUCGGUUAUGGUAUUGCUCUGCCUGGCUUACUAGGCUCUGCGAUUCUUCUUGCUCAUCUGCCUGCCAAGCACAUUUUCAUCAGAAUCCUUCGUGGAUCGAAGCACCUCACUGCUAAUACCACUAUUCAUUGGAUCACUUGGAUUGGGUCUACCUUGACGGUGUCUCUUGUUGCGUACGUUAUCGCCAGCGGAAUUCCUGUCUUUGGCGGCCUUGUCUCUCUGAUUGGUGCUCUUUUCGGCACCUUCCUAUCCUUGCAGCCAAUGGGUUGCAUGUGGCUGUAUGAUCACUGGAAGGAAGAGCGAACCGCGAGGUGGUACUUCAUGGUCGGAUGGAGCGUCUUUAUCAUCGUAUCCGGAACCUUUUUGAUGAUUGCAGGAACAUAUGGUUCUAUCGUGGGCAUCAUCAAUUCCCCAGAGAGAACAGGUGCUUGGUCAUGUGCUGAUAACUCCAACUCUACCUAG